AUGCAGAUCACGAUUUGUUUGGCAUCCGUGUAUGGAGCAUGGACGAUGAGGAACAGGAAAUGGUAUUUUGAGGUUGAGAAAAAGAGAGGAGGUAGAAUGUUGUGCCUGCGGGAUGGUUGUACACAUGCUGAGUUGGUUGAAAUAGUUGUGAACGACUAUAUGUUGCAACUGAACGACGAGCUGUUGGAGUUGCCAUAUCCAUUACCAACUGCUAUGAUGGAGAGCAUGCCUACGGAUUCACCUCCUAUGUAUAUCACAAACGACAGACAAGUGUACAACUUGGUCGAGUUAUGUAAGAAGCAUGUGCUCCGUCUUUGCGUCUCCACCCGCGUUGGUAUGGGAAGGAACUAUGACAAACCAAUACAGGAGUGUGGCCAAGAAAAUGAGUCCAAGGAGGUGGAUAAAGAGUGGGAGGAUAAAGAGUUUGAUGAUGAAGCCUGGGAUGAUAACGAGUCGGAUGAUAUAGACUUUAAUGACAAAGCGUGGGAUGUAAAUUCAGAAGAUGAAACGGAUGACGAUGUCAAUGAUAUUGCUGAGGGAAACGACAACCCCAACGACAUAGAUGCAGACUACAGUAAGUAUGGAAGGGUGAAAGAUGAGAAAGAGUGUAACAGUUUACCUUUCCGUGAAAGGCUCCGUAGAGGUGAUUGGAAUGGUGAAGGACGAGGGUUCACAAGCAACUGGUGCAACGCUAUUCAGGUGAACCAGAGUUAUGCCUGUAAGGAAGCUCUUUUUGCUGACUUGUGA